GUCAGAAUAUAAAAUCUUCCAGCUGAGAAGGCUGAAGAUUUCGUCCGGUGUCAUAGAAAAAAGUUGAUUUUUUGUGCAAAAAAGUUUUCCGAUUAAAUCCGAGCUGCAAUAUAAAAAGAGCUCUUACCUAAGCUCCCAAGUGUUGUGAUUUUUUUUUGAACCCGUGUUCUUAAGGAAUUUCCCAAAGGAAUUAAUCGUUUUUUCUAAUUAUGGCUGCAUCUUUAAGAUUAUUGCAGGGCCAGGCUCGCAAAGUUGGCCAAUAUGGAUUCGAUGUUCAGUCACGCAACUUCCACGCCUCGUGCGCAGUUGCCUCCAAGGUGGCUAUGUCCAAAUUCGACACCGACGUCUACCUUCCAUACGAGAAGCUCGCCAAGAACUUGGAUGUAGUACGUAAGCGUUUGAACCGCCCUCUGACUUUGUCAGAGAAGAUUCUCUACUCCCAUUUGGACAACCCCAAAGAGCAGGAAAUUGAACGUGGUACCUCCUACCUUCGUCUGCGUCCCGAUCGUGUUGCCAUGCAAGAUGCUACCGCUCAAAUGGCUCUAUUGCAAUUCAUCUCGUCUGGUUUGAAGCGUGUCGCUGUACCCUCAACCGUUCACUGCGAUCACUUGAUCGAAGCCCAGGUUGGUGGUGUGAAGGAUUUGGCCCGUGCCAAGGAUCUGAACAAGGAAGUGUACGAAUUCUUGGCUUCAGCUUGUGCCAAAUACGGUUUGGGUUUCUGGAAACCAGGCAGUGGUAUUAUCCAUCAAAUCAUUUUGGAGAACUACGCCUUCCCCGGUCUCGUGAUGAUCGGUACUGACUCGCACACACCCAAUGGAGGUGGUUUGGGCGGUCUGUGCAUCGGUGUCGGUGGUGCUGAUGCCGUUGAUGUAAUGGCUAACAUCCCAUGGGAAGUGAAGUGCCCCAAGGUUAUUGGUGUGCAUUUGACUGGCAAGAUCAGCGGCUGGACAUCACCUAAGGACGUUAUCUUGAAGGUUGCUGAUAUCCUCACCGUCAAGGGUGGUACCGGUGCCAUUGUUGAGUACCACGGCUCUGGUGUUGAUUCGAUUUCCUGCACAGGUAUGGCCACCAUCUGUAACAUGGGUGCUGAAAUCGGUGCCACCACCUCGUUCUUCCCCUUCAACAACCGCAUGGCUGACUACUUGAAAUCCACCGGCCGUGGAGCAAUCGCUGGCGAAGCACAAAAACACAAGGACAAUCUCUUGACCGCCGACAAGGGCUGUGAUUACGAUCAAAUGAUCGAAAUCAACUUGGACACUCUGGAACCCCAUGUCAAUGGUCCAUUCACUCCCGAUUUGGCUCAUCCAAUUAGCAAAUUGGGUGCUAACUCAAAGAAGAAUGGCUACCCCAUGGACAUUAAGGUUGGUCUUAUUGGAUCCUGCACCAACUCUUCAUACGAAGAUAUGGGUCGUUGCGCCAGUAUUGCCAAGAACGCAAUGAAACAUGGUAUCAAAUCGAAGAUUCCCUUCAAUGUAACACCCGGAUCGGAACAAAUCCGUGCUACCAUUGAACGUGAUGGUAUUGCCGCAACAUUAACGGAAUUCGGUGGUACUGUAUUGGCUAACGCUUGUGGUCCAUGCAUUGGUCAAUGGGAUCGUAAGGAUGUUAAGAAGGGCGAAAAGAACACCAUUGUUACAUCUUACAAUCGUAACUUCACCGGACGUAAUGAUGCCAAUCCUGCUACCCACUGCUUUGUCACAAGUCCUGAAUUGGUGACAGCUCUCUCAAUUGCCGGUCGUCUUGAUUUCAAUCCAUUGACCGACAGUUUGAAGGGUUCAGAUGGCAAGGAAUUCAAAUUGGAUGCUCCAUUUGGUGAUGAAUUGCCAUCAAAGGGUUUCGAUCCCGGCAUGGACACAUACGAUGCUCCACCAGCCAACGGCGAUAACCUUAAAGUAAAUGUAGACCCCAAUAGUCAACGUCUUCAACUCCUCGAACCAUUCGAUGUCUGGAACGGCCAAGAUUUAACCGACAUGACUGUUCUAAUCAAAGUUAAGGGAAAGUGCACAACUGAUCACAUCUCUGCCGCUGGUCCAUGGUUGAAAUACCGUGGUCAUUUGGACAACAUCUCCAACAACAUGUUCAUUGGUGCUACCAAUUCUGAGAACAACGAAAUGAACAACAUCAAGAACCAGAGAACAGGCGAAUGGUGUGGAGUACCUGAAGUUGCUAGGGACUACAAAGCCAAUGGCAUUAAAUGGGUUGCUGUUGGUGAUGAGAACUACGGUGAGGGUUCAUCUCGCGAGCAUGCCGCUUUGGAACCACGUCACUUGGGUGGCCGUGCCAUCAUUGUCAAAUCUUUCGCCCGUAUCCACGAAACUAACUUGAAGAAACAAGGUCUCCUUCCUCUCACUUUCGCCAACCCCUCUGACUACGAUAAGAUCCAACCAACUGACAAAAUCUCCCUGCUCGGACUUAAGGGUUUGGCAGCUGGCAAACCAGUUGACUGUGAAAUCAAGCAUGCCGACGGCAAAGUAGACAAGAUCAAGCUUAACCACACAUUGAACGAACAACAAAUCGAAUGGUUCAAGGCUGGCAGUGCCCUCAACCGCAUGAAGCAAAUAUCUGGCAAUUAAAUGGCCUUUCCCUAAACAAAAUCCCUCAGGUUCCCUCAAACAAAAACACCAAAACCAACAAAAGAAAAAGAAACAACUCGUCUCUAGUUUUAGAACAUCAUUUCUCUAAAAUACUUAAUAACAUGAGUAGUAGGACAGUUCCAUUAGUCUUUCCUACGAUUUAAGUUUGAAUGUCAGUUAAUUUUUGUCACAUUAGAACAGAGCAGGCGAUCAUCUAGCUACCGAUUAAUACUGUUUAAAAUAUUUUUUUUUUUAAUUUGAAAGCGUAUUUAUGUUGUUCUAAAAUAAUAAUAAUAAUUGCGAAAUAUUAAAUUAAUAUUGUUUCAUAUUUUAAAAACGAAAAAAAUACAUUUAUACAUAAAAGCCUACAAAUAA